UUCAGCCAGUAAAAUUAGCAAAAGAGGGAAAAACUACAAUGUUGGGGAGUGAGGGUGAAGCAAGUGGCAAUCCAUAAGAUAUAUAAAUAAGAAGGCAACCAUGGAUGCAUUCCAUGGAGUUUGAGUCUCUUUGAGUCUUGUCUUUAUGCAGGUCGUCACACUCCCCUCGCAUUGAGAAAUGGGUGAACCCAGGUAUGUUUGAGCAGUUGGCAAAUACCCAGAAAACAGUGGUCUCUCUUUUUGCUUUCUCUUUCUCUCUCUCUUUCUGACACAGCCACAGAGACACAGAGUUUUGAGUAUUGAAAAGGGGCUCUGAGAGUGAGACCACUCAAAGCAGAUAUUGGGAUUGCUUUGGAGGGGCCAAGGCCAGAGUCUGGACAUGGAAGUGGAGGCUAAUUCUGAGCAGAGAAAGAUGAGCCAGAGAGCAAAGGGUGGCCUCAUAACCAUGCCAUUCAUCAUAGCUAAUGAGGCCUUUGAGAAGGUGGCGAGUUAUGGGUUGUUGCCAAAUAUGAUACUGUAUCUGAUCCAAGACUAUCACUUGGGGGUAGCCAAAGGGACCAAUAUAAUCUUUCUCUGGUCUGCUGCUACCAAUUUCUUGCCUGUUGUUGGGGCUUUCCUCUCUGAUUCCUAUCUGGGUCGGUUUCUGACCAUUGGCUUGGGUUCCAUCACCAGUCUCUUGGGAAUGAUCCUGCUAUGGUUAACAGCCAUGAUUCCCAAAACAAAACCUCCCCACUGUGACCUGUUAACCCAGAGCUGCAAAGCCCCAACAGCUGCCCAAUUCGUUCUACUAUAUUCCUCCUUUGCCCUCAUGUCCAUUGGAGCUGGUGGCGUUAGGCCAUGUUCAUUGGCUUUCGGCGCUGAUCAGCUGGACAAAAGAGAUAACCCUAAAAAUGAGAGGGUCUUAGAGAGCUUCUUCAGCUGGUAUUAUGCCUCAGCAGCUCUUUCUGUGGUGAUUGCUCUCACGGGUAUUGUUUAUAUUCAAGUUCACUUGGGAUGGAGAGUAGGGUUUGGUGUUCCUGCAAUUCUCAUGUUUUUUGCAGCCCUCUUGUUUUUCCUUGCUUCUCCCUUUUACAUCAAGCAAAAGGCCAGCAGAAGUUUGCUCACUGGUUUUGUGCAAGUGCUCGUGGUUUCUUAUAAGAAUAGAAAACUUGCAUUCCCACCUCGGAACACUGAUGGGUGGUACCAUUAUAGCAAGGACUCAAAGCUUGUUGUUCCCACCGACAGAUUGAGGUUUUUAAAUAAAGCUUGCAUCAUUAGAAGCCCUGAACGAGACAUAAAUUCAGAUGGAUUGGCUUCAAAUCCAUGGAGCCUUUGCACGGUGGACCAAGUGGAAGAGCUAAAAGCACUGAUCAAAGUCAUCCCAAUGUGGUCAACUGGGAUUAUGAUGUCCAUUAACACAUCCAAUAGUUCCUUUCCAGUACUGCAGGCCAACUCCAUGGACAGACAUGUAUUUUCAACUUUCCAGAUCCCAGCAGGAUCUUAUGCAAUGUUCCUCGUCAUUGUUCUUUUUCUAUGGGUUGCUCUCUAUGAUCGUGUAAUCCUUCCCCUAGCAUCAAAGGUCAGAGGAAAACGCGUGCGGCUUGGUGUAAAACAAAGAAUGGGAAUCGGGCUAUUUCUUUCUUGCCUUGGCAUGGUAGUUGCAGCAAUUGUUGAGAAUGUUCGACGAAGAAAAGCAAUCCGACAAGGGCUUCUAAACAAUCCACAAACACUGGUGGGCAUGUCAGCUAUGUGGCUUGUGCCACAAUAUUGCUUGUAUGGCUUAGCCGAAGCUUUUAACGCAAUAGGCCAAACAGAGUUCUACUAUUCUGAGUUCCCCAAAAGCAUGUCGAGCAUCGCUGCAGCCCUAUUCGGCCUGGGGAUGGCUGUGGCCAACUUGUUAGCAAGUGUUACACUCAGCGCGGUCAAUCAUCUCACUUCAAGAGGGGGAAAAGAGAGUUGGGUCUCCAACAACAUCAACAAAGGUCAUUAUGAUAAUUAUUAUUGGCUUCUUGCUAUAAUGAGUGCAAUCAACGUGCUAUACUAUCUUGUUUGUAGUUAUUUUUAUGGACCCUGUGUCGAACAAGGGACCAAGGUUAGCGACGAAGGAAAAAGCAUGGAGGGAGAAAAUGAGUUGUCGAAACUAAGCAAUGGGGCCAGGGAUGAAGUGGAAAGCUUGAAGGAUGAUGAAAAGUUAUCAAAAUUUAAGGAUGAGGUUGAAGGCUUGAAGGAUGAAGAAGAGCUAUCCAAAUUGAGGCAAUCACCAUCUUGAUUCAUGUCCACUACUCUUGGGGUCUGUUUGUUGCAGUGAAUGUAAAAAACCUACAUGCAUGGAGGUUGGGUUAUAGUAAUUAGGAUAAUAAAGCUUGUGAACUGAUAUCAUACCUCUUAUAUUUGUAUCAUUCUCAGAGGGGGAUUGUCCAGCAAUUCCCUUCUUUUACACCAUUAACAAUAAUGAUUUGCCUUUUUUUUCUUUGGACUUA